AUGGACCAAAUAAAAAAGUCAUGCAAACUAGGUGAACAACUCGACAAAGAAUAUACAGAACACAUAUGUGCACAACAUAGUGGUCAAGUAAUCGGUUUUUUAAAUGAAAUUAAUACCAAUAAAGAACACGUUCUAAAAAUCGUUGAACGUCCCAGAACUCAAAAUUUUCGUACCAAAAGAGGUCUUAUUAACAUAGUUGGACGAAUUGCAAAUGUAUUAUUUGGUGUCUGCGACGACGUAGAUGCAGAAUAUUUUCAUAAAAAAAUUAAAGAAUUAGAACACUCCAGAGCACGCAUAUCUCAAAUAGCAGACACACAAACACAAAUUACAAAAUCGAUAGUUACCAAUGUCAACUCCUCCCUAGUAGAAUUAGAAAGUAAAGAAAAAACAUUAUUGAAAGGGUAUAAUUACUUACUAAACGAGGCAAUUACAGAAAGAAAGAGAGUAGGCAUACUUGAAUUUAAACAAGCUCUAGCACAACGUAUAGCACUGUUAAACAUUAUCAUAACACAAUAUGCAUAUGAGACAGAAAAUUUAGUAAAUAUUGUAAAUGCAGCGUUACAAGGUUUUAUACAUUCUAGUUUGUUGGAUACCGACGAAUUUAAUAAACAAUUAAAAGAAAUUAAGUUGCAAAUACCAGUAGGUUCAGGGAUACCAGUGGAUCUGUUAGAAUCAGGUAUAUCGGAGCUACUGCGUAUAAUCAAUAUUAAUGUAGUUUAUAUAAAAGGAAUUUUAAUAUUUAUUAUUGAAAUACCAUUAGUAAGUAGUUAUGAUUUUGUAUUAUAUAAAUCCAUCCCACUACCGACUAAAGUACAUAAUAAUUUAUAUGCCAUUAUGCAAGCCAACUCAGAGUAUGUUGCAAUAGAUAAGUCACGAUUGUACUAUGUAGAACUAAAUAAUUAUCAGUUAGCUAAAUGUAAGUCAACUACAAACACAAUGAUCUGUAAACAUGAACAACCCAUACAACACGUUGGAGAUUCUUGUGAAUUAAUGUUAUUCAGAAAACCCAAAUCUGUACCCCCAGCAUGUAAUAUUAAGUAUAUUAAGUUUAGCCAUAAUAUUUGGCAUAAGCUAGAUAAUAGGAACGAAUGGAUAUAUGUUACAAAUAACGAAAGUAUAAUAAUAACAUGCAAAAACUCAUCCGACACAUAUACAAUAGAUGUAAGUGGCACUGGUAUUUUAAGUCUAGAAAAUAAUUGUGAGGCCAAUACUGUUGACGAUGAAAUAAAAUUAAUACCUAAAAGAGAAAUAAAUUCGAAGAUAGUAAAAAACUUCUCCCCAUAUUUAAACCUUUCAAUAAAUUUUGAUAUGCUAAAGGAUCUACCCCGUGAAAACUUAAAUUAUUCAUUAUUUCCAAAAGAAAAUUACAAAAUUAAAAAUAAUCUUAACAAAUUGGUAGAAAAUUCGAGAUCCCUAGAUGAAUUACAGAAUCAAAUAAGUCAUGUCAAUGAAAACAAAAAUAACAAAUCGUACGAUUACUUAUUUAUUAUUCUGAUACUAAUCAACAGUAUAGGUUUGAUAUUAGUAUUAAUAAUUUAUAAUAAGAAUACAAUUUUAUGUCAUAAGGAAAGGACAUUAGACAAAGAUGAUAAUAUAGAACUUAGUAAUCAAUGUGAAAGUCCAUCGCCCAGACUUGUUUGA